UCUGGACCCCCAGGCCUCCCUGGCCCCCCAGGACCUCCCGGACCCCCUGGACACCCAGGGGUCCUCCCCGAAGGCGCUACUGACCUUCAGUGCCCAAGUGUCUGCCCGCCAGGCCCCCCUGGACCCCCGGGAAUGCCAGGGUUCAAGGGCCCCACUGGCUACAAAGGAGAGCCGGGAGAAGUCGGCAAGGACGGCGAGAAGGGUGAUCCCGGCCCCCCUGGGCCCGCCGGCAUCCCGGGCACUGUGGGGCUGCAGGGGCCCCGGGGACUACAAGGACUGCCAGGGCCGCUCGGGCCCCCCGGAGACCGGGGUCCCAUUGGGUUCCGAGGGCCCCCCGGGAUCCCUGGAGUGCCCGGGAAAGCGGGUGACAGAGGCGAGAGGGGCCCCGAGGGUUUCCGCGGCCCCAAGGGCGACCUCGGCAGACCUGGUCCCAAGGGAGCCCCCGGAGUGGCCGGGCCAGUUGGAGAGCCGGGCAUGCCGGGCAAGGACGGCCAGGACGGAGUGCCAGGACUCGAGGGCGAGAAGGGCGAGGCUGGUCGCCAUGGUGGUCCGGGAGAGAAGGGUCCCAACGGGCUGCCGGGGCUCCCCGGACAAGCAGGGUCCAAAGGCGAGAAGGGAGAACUGGGCAGAGCCGGGGAGCUGGGUGAGGCCGGCCGCUCGGGAGAGCCGGGCAUCCCUGGGGACGUUGGCGUGCCCGGGGAGCGCGGCGAGGCCGGCCACAGGGGCUCAGCGGGGGCCCUUGGCCCGCAAGGCCCUCUUGGGGCCCCCGGCGUCCGAGGCUUCCAGGGCCGGAAGGGCAGCAUGGGAGACCCCGGCCUUCCAGGCCCCCAGGGCCUCCGCGGCGAAGUGGGCGACAGGGGCCCUGGAGGCGCCGCGGGCCCCAAGGGAGACCAGGGCAUCGCGGGCUCCGACGGUCUUCCCGGGGAUAAAGGAGAGAUGGGUCCCAGCGGCCCCGUCGGAUCAAAAGGAGAGUCUGGCAGUCGGGGGGAGCUGGGCCCCAAGGGCAUCCAGGGUCCCAACGGCACCAGCGGCGUCCAGGGCGUCCCAGGCCCCCCCGGGCCCCUGGGCUUCCAGGGCGUGCAGGGCGUCCCUGGCAUCACGGGGAAACCCGGCGUUCCGGGCAAGGAGGCCAGUGAGCAGCGCAUCAGGGAGCUGUGCGGGGGCAUGAUAAGCGAACAAAUCGCACAGUUAGCUGCGCACCUGAGGAAGCCAUUAGCGCAGGGGUCCAUCGGCCGGCCUGGCCCAGCCGGCCCCCCCGGGCCCCCAGGACCCCCAGGCUCCAUCGGCCACCCUGGAGCGCGAGGACCCCCGGGAUACCGCGGCCCCACUGGUGAGCUGGGAGACCCCGGGCCCAGAGGGAGCCAGGGUGACAGAGGGGACAAAGGCGCAGCAGGCGCAGGGCUGGACGGGCCGGAAGGAGACCAGGGGCUGCCAGGACCGCAAGGCGUGCCCGGUGUCAGCAAAGACGGCCAGGACGGCGCUCACGGCGAGCCCGGGCUGCCCGGCGACCCGGGGCUGCCUGGCGCUGUCGGUGCUCAGGGGACUCCGGGGAUCUGUGACACCUCGGCCUGCCAAGGCGCCGUGUUAGCAGGGGGCAGGGAGAAAUCGGGUCCUAGAAGCUCGUAAAAUAGAACUUAAGGAAGAGAAGUAAGGACAACCGGAGCAACAGCGAUCUGGUCACGUCCGGGGAGCCCCGACCUGCCCUCCGCACCCUCGACGGCGGCCGACGGGACGCUCGGCCUCGGAGCACCGGAUCGAGCUGUUGUCUGCGUGUCCGUCCGACGGGUCCUGACAGCCGGCCACUCAUCUGUGAUGUCGUACCUCAAACACAGGCCCUGGUAAUAAAUUUGGAAACCCACCAUUUGAGAGGACGCAGGGUGUAUA